AUGUCAUGGAAGAAGUCCGAGAGGUUGAUGGAUACCAUCAAACACUACUCUGGUUUCCCGGCCACUGGAGUGAGCUUGAGGCAGAUGGUGCAGUUUGGUGAAAGACCAUCCACAGGCACCCUCUUCCGCGCCUCCCAAUUCCUCUCUGAAGAGCUUCCCAUACGCUUAGCACAUCGAGUCCAAGAACUUGGAGAUCUGCCUGAUGGACUGAAUGAUAUACCCUCGAUCCAAAAAGUCCAGGAUUGGUAUUCGCAGUCAUUCGAAGACAUCACUACACUCCCAAGGCCCAACCUACCGUCGGAUGUUCGAGAGCGACUGCUACGGCCAAUGAAGCAAAACGGGCGAGAUUCAAAGAUAUUGAGCCAGACUACACACAACCCUAGUGUCAAACAGGGCCAGUACAGGUCGCAACAGACGAAUGGUAAUUCCAAUGGUGGGGGCAAAGGUUCUUCUAGGAGGUACUAUGCGUCUACAGAUGAUGAGGGAGACUGGCCGCCGGAACUCAAUGACUACAACAAGCGCUUCUCCAGGACCUUGGAAGGAAUCAAGAGGCGGCAUGACAGUGUAGUGACCACCGUUGCACAGGGCAUACUCGAAUACAAACGGAAACGGCAACGGAUGCAGAUUGAUAACAAUAUCCAGUCUUUCCUGGAUCGAUUCUACAUGUCUCGAAUAGGUAUUCGAAUGCUGAUAGGUCAGCAUAUCGCCCUUACAGACCAAAAACAAGCAAUAGAACCGAACUACGUGGGUAUAAUAUGUACCAAGACGAACGUGCGGGAACUUGCCCAAGAAGCUAUCGACAAUGCUCGAUUCGUGUGCGAAGAUCAUUACGGCCUUUUCGAUGCACCCAAGGUUCAGUUGGUUUGCAAAGCAGAUCUCCACUUUAUGUACGUGCCAGGACAUCUGUCACAUAUGUUGUUUGAGACUCUCAAGAAUUCGUUGCGUGCAGUCGUCGAGACGCAUGGGCAAGACAAGCAGGAAUUUCCUGUGACCAAAGUCAUCAUUGCAGAGGGUAAGGAGGAUAUAACGAUCAAGGUUUCGGAUGAGGGAGGUGGUAUCCCGAGAUCUUCCAUACCGCUGGUCUGGACGUACAUGUACACAACUGUGGAGACUACGCCAAAUUUGGAUCCCGACUUCAACAAAAGUGAUUUCAAGGCGCCCAUGGCUGGAUUUGGGUACGGUUUGCCCAUCAGUAGAUUGUACGCGAGGUAUUUUGGCGGUGAUCUGAAACUCAUCAGUAUGGAAGGAUACGGCACAGACGUCUACCUCCACCUUAACAGACUCUCUUCCAGCUCUGAGCCUCUCCAAUAA